AUUAGCAUGAUUAGCAUGGUCACUGUUGUUUGUCACUCCAAGAGGCAGAGAGUAAAAUGUGAGGCUGCUGGACUCGAUGGACUAUUCUGGGCAGAAAGCAAAGUGAAAGCGACGCUUUGUUUGAUCAAUGUUUUAUGUGGACGAGGACGAGGACGAGGACGAGUACGAGGACGGCGGGUCAAAGUCAAGCCUGAGGAGAAGAGUACAUAUUGGUUGCCGCUGCUGCUGGAGGUCCACAGCCGACCCGUUUGGACGAGCGGACAAGAUACGAUGACGUCAUCCUUCCUGCUGCUGCUUCUUCUUACUCUGCCGACCCUGACCUGGGCCCGGCCUCCAGGCUGCGAGGACCUGGACUCGUCCUCCUCGGACUUUCCAGGUACGCAUGCGUUCAAGUAUUCCAAGUGUGCUACAUCCAGAUUUUUCACCUGGUUGGAUCAACAGUUAGACCUGCUGGACAGCAGCUUGGUCACUCUAGAUCCAGCUCUGGAGAACCGACAGCCCGAAAGACAACCGCCCAAAAAACCCAAUAAAGAGCUUCCUCCAUCUUUGAGGAGCAAUAUAGCCAAAUCUCAAUCUUUCAAUUUUGACGAAAGCAACCUGGAGUGGAAGACAACGUAUGGGGACAUCCUCCAGGGGGCGGUGUCCAUCUACAACAGCUACUAUAAACGUGUGGACUACAUCUGCAAAGUGGGCUGCGAUGCCGGCUACUACAAUCCGCAGAUCAGCGACGUCUGCAACUUCAACGGGUACGGGGCGUCGCCAUUUGAGAUGCUGGUCAACAAAGACCACUUUGAGGUUCUGCUGUGGAAACCAGGCUCCUACGGUUCUGUGACCCCGACUUCUAUUAAGACCUGCCAGAAUGAAGACAUUUACGUUGGUAAGAACCAGUACGGUUUGGGGAACGUGAAGGUCAGUGAUCAGGCCUUCUACCUUGCCUGGGGGGGCACAGAGUACUGGUACCGUGACUAUCAGGUCCUGGAGGUGGAGAAAGAUGUAAGAAAGGAGGACUUGAUGGACAUCCAGUACCACACAGACGGCAUCGCUCCCAUAGAGUAUCCUCCUGAGAUCUUGAACAAGGAUACGGUCGACAACAAAAACUGCCAGAUCAUCAAACGUACGUCCACGCUUUCAAAGAGCAUCUCCAGGUCCAGCAAGUGGGACACCACCUUCACCUUCACGGCAGGAGUCGGCACCACAAUCAAAACCAAAAUCCCCUUCAUUGUUGAAGGAAAGAUCCAGUUUCGGGUUUCUGCAAGCUACAAGUUGGUGAAAGGGACCACUCUUACCGAGACCACCACCCACUCUCUCUCCGUGGACACCGUGGUCCCGAUCGGCCACUCGUGUACCAUCACCAUGCAGGGCAAGAAGUACGGCCUGGACAUCCCGUACACGGCGCGCCUCAAACGCACCUACAGCACCGGCGAGACCACGUGGACCAGCAUCACCGGCACCUACAGGAGCGUCCAGGUCUCGGAAGUCCAGGCUGUGGUGGACCGCUGUCAGCCUCUACCCGACGUCAAGCCUUGCUAGGACGCCACGCGCCACUCGUACGUCGCUUUCGUGUCCCGACUGCAAUAAAACCAAUCGAGACAAACCAUUGGUUCAUGUGUUGGCUUAUUGACUCCUGACGCCAGACAGGAAGUGGCGUUAU